UUAAGAAAACACAAGGGUUGUCGCUGUCGGAGGAACAAGAACGGACGUUUAAAGUAGCUCCUAAAUAUUAACAGAUGCAGAUUUUUGCUUAUGAAUAACACCACAUUGGAGCAAGUAACUAAUUUUCACUCUACCACGAAAAAUGGUGUUGCAAAAUAGUGGAAGGUACAAAUCGGACCGAGGUCAAGGUGGAGACCAAGACAACCAGGACGAUGGCUCGUCCAUGUCCGCCCUCAAGAGGCUGGAGCGCAGCCAGUUCACAGACGAGAUGGACAGCCGCUUCGGGUUCGAGAGGAUGAAGGAACCUGGGGAGAAAACUGGCUGGUUGAUCAACAUGCAUCCUGCUGAGAUCCUGGAUGAAGACAAGAGACUGAUCAGUGCUGUGGACUAUUAUUUUAUUCAGGAGGAUGGAAGCAGGUUUAAGGUUGCGCUCCCUUUCAAGCCUUAUUUUUAUAUUGCUACAAAAAAGAACUGCGAAAGAGAAGUUAUCUCAUAUCUGUCAAGGAAGUUCCAAGGAAAAGUGUCCAAGCUUGAAAUUCUCCCAAAAGAGGAUCUUGACCUGCCGAACCAUCUGGUUGGACUGAAGAGGGGAUACAUUAAGCUGUCAUUCAACACUGUAGAUGACCUCAUCAAGGUCAAGCGAGAGAUUUCCCCAGCAGUGCGAAAAAACAGGGAAAGAGAGCAGUCAAAUGAUGUCUACACUUCGAUGUUAUCAAGUGCUCUCUCAGGUGCGAGCGUGACCUUAGCAGAGGAAGAUGGGAUGUCCAAGAGUAUUUCUGACCAAUUAGACAACAUUGUGGACAUGCGAGAGUAUGACGUGCCUUACCACGUGCGCGUGUCCAUCGACCUCAAGAUCCAUGUGGCUCACUGGUACAACGUUCGAUAUAAAGGCAGCACUUACCCACCGGAGAUUGUUCGGCGGGAUGAUCUUGUAGAACGACCGGACCCAGUUGUUUUGGCUUUUGACAUUGAGACUACCAAACUUCCACUAAAAUUCCCAGAUGCAGAGACGGACCAAAUUAUGAUGAUCUCAUACAUGAUAGAUGGACAGGGUUUUCUAAUCACAAACAGAGAGAUUGUCUCUGAGAACAUUGAGGACUUUGAGUUCACACCCAAACCUGAAUAUGAAGGUCCUUUCACUGUUUUCAAUGAGGAUGAUGAGGCAGCACUUAUUCAGAGGUGGUUUGAUCACGUUCAAGAAACAAAGCCUAACAUCUUUGUCACCUACAAUGGAGACUUUUUUGACUGGCCUUUUAUUGAAACACGAGCAUCGCUGCAUGGACUGAGCAUGCACAGGGAGAUUGGUUUCCAGAAGGACAGCCAGGGAGAGUACAAGGCCAGUCAGGCCAUCCACAUGGACUGUUUAAGGUGGGUUAAGAGAGACAGCUACCUACCUGUGGGAAGUCAUAAUUUGAAGGCUGCAGCAAAGGCUAAACUGGGCUAUGACCCUGUGGAGCUGGACCCAGAAGAGAUGUGCCGCAUGGCAACAGAGGAACCACAGACGUUAGCCACCUACUCUGUGUCAGAUGCCGUGGCCACAUAUUACCUCUACAUGAAAUAUGUUCACCCCUUCAUUUUUGCUCUGUGCACCAUCAUUCCUAUGGAGCCCGAUGAGGUGCUGCGUAAGGGCUCGGGCACACUAUGCGAAGCUCUGCUCAUGGUGCAGGCCUUCCACGCAAACAUAGUCUUCCCCAACAAACAGGAGCAGGUAUUCAACAAGCUAACCGAUGACGGACAUGUCUUGGACUCCGAGACGUACGUGGGGGGCCAUGUGGAGGCGCUGGAGUCCGGAGUGUUCCGGAGUGACAUCCCCUGCCGUUUCAAAAUGAACCCAGCUGCAUUUGACUUCCUAAGUCAAAGAGUUGAGCAAACGAUUCGUCACGCCAUUGAGGAAGAGGAGAAAAUACCUCUGGAGCAAGUCACAAACUUUAAUGAAGUCUGUGAUGACAUAAAAAAUAAGCUGACAUCCCUGAAAGAGGUUCCCAACAGGAUUGAGUGCCCGCUCAUAUACCAUCUUGAUGUUGGAGCAAUGUACCCUAAUAUCAUCCUAACCAACCGCCUACAGCCUUCUGCCAUGGUAGAUGAGGCCACUUGUGCUGCCUGUGACUUUAAUAAACCGGGUGCAACAUGUCAGAGGAGGAUGGCCUGGCAGUGGAGAGGGGAAAUCAUGCCCGCCAGCCGCAGUGAGUUCCACCGCAUCCAGCAGCAACUGGAGUCCGAGAAGUUUCCCCCAUUCUUCCCCAAUGGACCACCUCGAGCCUUCCAUACACUCAACAGGGAGGAACAGGCCAAGCAUGAGAAAAAACGUCUUGCAGACUACUGCAAGAAGGCCUAUAAGAAGACACACGUCACCAGGCUGGAGGAGAGAGUCACCACCAUCUGUCAGAGGGAAAACUCUUUCUACGUGGACACUGUUCGAGCGUUCAGGGAUAGGCGAUAUGAAUUUAAAGGGCUGCACAAGGUGUGGAAGAAGAAACUGUCUUCAGCUCAAGACAGUGGAGAUGCUGCAGAGGUCAAGCGUUGCAAGAACAUGGAGAUUCUAUAUGAGUCUCUUCAGCUGGCUCACAAGUGUAUCCUCAAUUCCUUUUACGGCUACGUCAUGAGGAAAGGGGCGCGCUGGUACUCCAUGGAGAUGGCUGGCAUAGUGUGCUACACUGGUGCCAACAUCAUCACUCAAGCUAGAGAGCUCAUUGAACAAAUUGGGAGGCCACUUGAAUUGGAUACUGAUGGUAUCUGGUGCGUCCUACCCAACACCUUCCCAGAGAACUUUGUAGUGAAGACAAGUAAUGAGAAGAAGCCCAAGGUGACCAUCUCCUAUCCUGGUGCCAUGCUGAAUAUUCUGGUGAAGGAAGGCUUCACCAAUGAUCAGUAUCACGAGCUUGUCGACCCUGCAUCACUCACAUACAACAUCAGGGCAGAAAACAGCAUAUUUUUCGAGGUGGAUGGGCCAUAUCUAGCCAUGAUUCUGCCUGCCUCUAAAGAAGAAGGAAAGAAGUUAAAGAAGCGGUAUGCUGUGUUCAACGAAGAUGGCUCCCUAGCUGAACUGAAGGGUUUUGAAGUGAAAAGAAGAGGGGAACUGCAGCUCAUUAAGAUUUUCCAGUCUUCCGUGUUUGAGGCUUUCCUCAAAGGUACCACCCUGGAGGAGGUCUAUGCCUCUGUAGCCAAAGUGGCUGACUAUUGGUUGGAUGUCCUGUACAGCAAGGCUGCCAAUAUGCCAGAUGCAGAGCUGUUUGACCUGAUUUCAGAGAAUCGCUCUAUGUCCAAGAAGUUGGAGGACUACGGAGAGCAGAAGUCCACUUCCAUCAGCACAGCUAAGAGACUGGCAGAGUUCUUGGGAGACCAAAUGGUGAAGGAUGCUGGUCUGAGCUGUCGUUAUGUUAUCUCACGAAAGCCAGAAGGAUCUCCUGUCACAGAGAGAGCCAUUCCAUUGGCCAUCUUCCAAGCUGAGGCCAGUGUGACCAAACAUUUCCUGCGUAAAUGGCUCAAGAUGCCCAGCAUGCAAGACUUUGACAUUCGCUCCAUCCUCGACUGGAGUUACUACAUAGAAAGGCUUGGAAGUGCCAUCCAGAAAAUCAUCACCAUCCCUGCAGCUCUUCAACAGGUGAAGAAUCCAGUUCCCCGAGUGCGACAUCCCGAUUGGCUUCACAAGAAACUCCUUGAGAAAAAUGACAUCUACAAGCAAAAGAAAAUCAGCGAGUUGUUCACCAGUGAGGGCAAGCGGCAGGUGGCUCAUCAGCCCCUCGCAGGCCGUCCAGUUCCCGACAUGGAGGACUUUGGGAUGCCAGCCAGGCCUCUGCAGCCGGCCAUCCCCAUCAGCACUAAGAGGAAGAGAGCGUCUCAGGGGGAGGACAGCCAGGUAGAGUCUCAAGAUCUUGAGCUCACCCAGUCGUGGAGAGAGGUCCUGGGACCACCGCCACCAACGGGCACAACACAGGAGGAGCGUCUUGUGUGGCUGCGUUUCCAUAAGAAAAAAUGGGAGCUGCAGCUGAGGCAGAGGAAGGAGAGAAAAAAGAGGAGGCGGCUGAUGGAUGGAGAGUCCCAGCCAGUAGGCGGUGGAGUGAUCAGAGAUGGUCCCAGCACGGGCCUGGGAAGCUUCCUCCGCAAAACGGCUCGCAGCAUCCUGGACAUGCCCUGGCAAAUAGUGCAGAUUGCAGAAACUACCCACCCCGGCCUAUACAAGUUGUGGGCUGUAAUUGGAAAUGACCUCCACUGCAUUAAGCUCAAUAUCCCUCGCAUCUUCUAUGUCAACCAGAAAGUCCCAAAACAGGAGGACGGACCCACAUACAAAAAGGUGAACCGCAUGCUCCCUCGCUCCAACAUGGUAUACUACCUUUAUGAGUACUGUGUUCCAGAGGACAUGUACCAGGAGCACAUCAAUGAGAUCAACGCUGACCUCUCUGCCCCAGACAUUGAAGGGGUCUAUGAAACACAGGUGCCGUUGCUGUUUCGUGCCCUAGUGCAGCUCGGAUGUGUCUGCAUGGUAAAUAGGCGUGUUGGAAGAGAUCUGGGCAGCAGAGAGGCCGACACUUUUGAUUUGGAGCAUCUGGAGAUGAGGUCUCUGGCCCAGUUCAGCUACCUGGAGCCAGGCAGUGUUCGCCACAUGUACCUCUACCAUCACAGUGAGGGUCACAAGGCCCUUUUUGGUCUUUUUAUCCCCUCUCAACGCAAAGCCAACAUCUUUGUCCUGGACACUGUGAGAAGCAACCAGAUGCCAAACCUCAGUAAUGUCUACACUGCUGAGCGCACUGCCCUCCUGGAAAAGACAACAGAUGACCUCCUGCCUCCAGAGAAGCACAAUUUUGAAGUCCGGGCUGAGAAUGAUGUGAAGGCUAUCUACCGUGCACUGCAACGCACACUGCUAAGCUACAAGGAGGAGCGCCGGGGGCCGACCCUCAUCGCUGUGCAAUCUAACUGGGACUUGCGGCGAUUGGCUACAGGGAUGCCUGUGCUGGAGGAAUUCCCCGUCGUUCCAGUACAUGUUAUUGAUGAGAUCAGCUACAAUGUACUGGACUGGCAGCGUCAUGGUGCCCGGCGCAUGAUCCGCCACUAUCUGAACUUGGACAGUUGUCUGUCACAGGCUUUUGACAUGGCAAGGUAUUACCACUUACCUGUGGGGAACCUACCCCAGGAUGUGUCUAUCUUUGGUUCUGACUUGUUCCUGGCCAGACAUCUGCGGAAACACAACCACCUGCUGUGGCUGUCCCCCACAGCAAGGCCAGACAUGGGGGGCAAAGAGGCCGAUGACAGCCGUCUGGUUAUGGAAAGUGAUGACCGGUGCUCUGUUGAGAUCAAUGCACAAGGAUGCUACUCCACAGUGUGUGUAGAGCUAGACCUGCAGAGCCUGGCUGUGAACACAAUCCUCCAGUCACAGCAUGUCAAUGACAUGGAGGGAGGAGCCAGUUUGGGUGUUAGUUUUGAUGUGAUCCAGCAGGCCUCUUUGGAAGACAUGAUGUCAGGAAACCAGGGAGCUAAUUUGUUAGCAAGCUAUGAUGAGACCGCACUCUGCUCCAACACCUUCAGGAUUUUGAAGAGCAUGGUGGUGGGCUGGGUCCGAGAGAUCACACAGUACCACAACGUGUAUGCUGACAACCAGGUGAUGCACUUCUACCGCUGGCUCCAUUCCCCCAGUUCGCUGCUCUAUGACCCUGCUCUGCACCGCACCCUGCACAACAUGAUGAAGAAGGUCUUCCUGCAGUUGAUUGCAGAGUUCAAACGUCUUGGCUCCACUGUGGUGUACGGAAACUUCAACAGGAUCAUCUUGUGUACUAAAAAGCGAAGAAUAGACGAUGCCAUUGGCUAUGUGGAAUACAUCACCAACAGCAUACACUCCAAAGAAAUCUUCCACUCUUUGUCUGUCUCUUUCUCCCGAUGUUGGGAGUUUCUGGUUUGGAUGGACCCGGCCAACUAUGGCGGCGUGAAGGGCAAGCUUCCCGCCAACAUCCUGUAUGGAGAGGAAGGAACCAAACCAAAGAAAAAGACAGGGGGAGAAGAGGAUGGAAGUGAGGAUGAAGAAGAGGAGGAGGAAGUGAAUGCUGAGGAUGAUGAGGGAGACACACAUACAGAGGAUGUGGAGGACUUGAUUGAGAGCAACUGGAACAUUAUGCAAUAUCUGCCACAAACUGCUUCCUGCCAGAAUUACUUCCUCAUGAUUGUGUCAGCUUACAUUGCAGCAGUGUACCAGAGCAUGAAGGAGGAGCUGAGACGCAACAUUCCUGGAGCAACACCAGUCAAGAGACGUGGCUGCAGCCAGAUUUCCCAGCAGGCAGCUGGAGAUUUGAGCGCUCUUCCUGGAAUGAUUUCUUUUUCUCAGGAGUAUGUGGCCAGUGAGCUGACUCAGAACAUUUUCACCAUCACACAAAAAAUCCAAAAGAAGGUGACUGGAACCAGGAAUGUGACCCAGCCCUCGGAUAUGUUCCCCGUCUUGCCAGGCUCACACUUACCUCUGAACAACCCAGCUUUAGAGUUCAUCAAAUAUGUCUGCCAGGUCCUCUCACUAGACAGCAACAUUGUGAACCAGGUGAACAAACUUAAGAGGGAUCUCCUUCGCCUUGUGGAUGUCGGAGAGUUCUCGGAAGAAGCCCAGUUUUACGACCCCUGCAGCUCAUACAUACUGCCUGAAGUCAUCUGCCACAGCUGCAAUUUUUGCCGUGAUCUGGACCUCUGCAAAGACCCCUCUGUUGCACAAGACGGUUCCAUCUUGCCUCAAUGGUUCUGCUCCAACUGUCAAGCCCAGUAUGAGACAGAGUCCAUAGAGAUGGCUUUGGUGGAGGCCCUGCAGAAGAAACUGAUGAGCUACUCAUUGCAGGACCUGGUGUGUACCAAAUGUAAAGGAGUAAAGGAAGCAAAUAUGCCUCUCUACUGCAAAUGUGCAGGAGAUUUUGACCUCAGUUUUCCAGCAAAGAGCUUCUCAGAGCAGAUCACAGUGUUUCGGAACAUUGCGUCUCACUUCAACAUGAGCUUCCUGGAGGAGACCAUUGACUGGUUGGUGGUGAUGAGCCCACAGAUGAGUCGGAGUGCUCCUUGAAGGCAAAGCUGAGCGCCAACGCUCCAUCUGUCACAUUUAGAGUGACAUGUUCAUCAGUCGGGAUGAGUGCCACUCCCAUUUACAUGUGUGUGUGUGUGUGUGUGUACACACUUAUGACUGAUUGUAUGUGGGCUGUAGAUAUGUUUGAACCCUGUGUUGUGAUUGUAUGUGCGAUCGAGAUGUAUGCAU